UCUCAUUUGUAACUGUGGGUUUUGGACGUGUCGAUAUAGUUGACGCAGAGAUUAAACGAAUAUUUAAAUAAAAAAUAUUUUCAACUGUAUGUCUGGAAGCUUUAGACAUAUGAAACUAUUUUGUGUUUGAAAUAUAGUAAUCAUGUUGAGCUAUAUCGUAAUAUUAUAUUGUUCUGCGAUUUUACAAACGACUACAUCUUCCGAAAGCCGGGCGGAUUCCCGUCAGUUGAAAUUGUUUGAAGAGCCGAUAUCUUACGAUGUGGAGUCAACGGUGUUGCUGAACGAGCUGGAGCGGAAAGAAAAGGAGGUUAGCUACAAAAUCAAGGCAAAGCUUAAUGUAAUCCCGCUCUGGACCGAGGCCGGCGUCCAAAGUGUUCUCAAAUUCGAGCUCCUGUCUCCACAUCUAUUUUCCCGAAGUAAGAGUGUGACAGCAGAUUACUUACCGAUGAAUUCCAUCUGGGACCUGUAUUCACAUUCCACAUUUUAUGCUCAUUGGAAGCUCGGUCUAAUCGAAACUGCUUAUUUAGACCCCAAAGAUCCAGUGGAGAUACAGAAUUUUAAAAGGUCCCUGAUGAGCGUGUUCCAGUUUGAAACGGUCGGCAAGGAGCUCAAUGAAACAGACGUCUCCGGUACUUGUCAUGUUCAAUAUGAGACCACUUCAGCCAACACGGUCAGGAAGUACAAGAGUUCAUGUAGACUGGACGACUGGCCUGAGAUGGAAGAGGGCGUGGUGAAGUCGCGGAGACUGGCCAGAUACACUUUGGAUGACCGGCGACACUCACUCCGGGACCUGCACGCUGAGGAGCUGCACGAGUUGGUGGCGGGCGGCAGGGGAGGGAGGGGAGGACUCAAGGCGCGGGCCUGGCUGAGGCUCACCGCGGAUGAGGCUGCGGGGGCCAUGGUCCCACGGUCUUCCUCUUUGGCCGAGGCUCUGUCCGGGCUUCCUCACCACGUGGCGGCAGAGUCGCUCCAGGCCGCACCCGUCCAGGUGACGGACCCGCUCUACUUGGAGGAGAGUUUGGAGAUGGAGUUGGAGGCGGCAAUUUCUGAACUGCGCGACUACUCGGCGGAGAGGUACCCGGGGCCCAAGGGGGAUGAGGGGGGAGAAGCGAUGACAGCCCACGUCAUCAGGAGGCUUGUACGAGCGCUUAGAGCGGCUCCACUCCCCGCACUGGUUCCGAUCCUCUCCGACGACCACGAUCCUGAAUACCUGAGGCAAAUGUGUAUGGCGCUGGGGCUGGCGGGGACCGCGCAUACACACGCCACGGCGAUGCGCUUCUUCCGGCUGAGAUCGCGCGACGCCCCCGUCAAGUUGGUGCACACAUACCUCGCCGCGUUGGCGCUCACACCGCAACCACACGAAUCCGUCGUAGAGGAUGUGCUGCGUCUGGCCGAGGAGAUGACCGACCUCGAGCUAGUGGAGAGCGCGCUGCUGGCUGGGGCCGCCGCCGCUGCCGGGGAUGAGAUUCUCUCGGCUGGCGCCAGGCACGCGCUGACCAAGAGCCUCGUGCGGUGUAAGACCGACGAGUGUCGCCGGGUGAGGAUCGCGGCCCUCGGCAACUUGAAACGGAAGGACACUGUGGAGCUGCUGCUGGAGCACGCGGAGGCGGGGCGGCGGGGGGUGGCGCUCGCGGCGCUGGACGCGCUGGGCGGGACGCUGGCAGCGCUGCGAACGGACACGCGCCUCCCGCGCCUGGAGCGGCUGGUGCUACGGCCGAGCCCGCUGGAGCUCCGCGCCGCCGCGCUCGACCUGCUGCUCCGCUGCAGCGCGGAGGCUCCCUUCGGCCUCACUCGGUUGAUGCUGGAGCUGCACGGAGGAGCGCCGCUCGAACUCGUGCGCCUCGCCUGGCAUCGCCUGCACGCGCUCGCCGACGACCACCCGCACGUCCGGAACAUGAUGAAGCUCCUUCCUCGACGACUCCGAGGCUGGGAGGUGCAGGCCAUGGCGGGCACUUCGUCGGUACUUGUGCGGGAGCUGGGUGCGGUGGACGGCUGGCGCGCCCGCCUGGAGUCCGUGCAGGUGGCCAGCGGCGGACUGCUCCGUCGAGGACGAGUUCAUUUGUCAGCCGUAGCGCCACACGGAGACUCGGAUGACACCCUGGCGGUCGAAUUUUGGACCAGAGGACUCGAAGCCAUCGCGGGAAACGGUCAGAACUCCGACGAGGAAGACGAGGAGGGUGUGGAGGUUAGCGGCGGACUAGCGCUCUCCGUCGGGGGUGUCCGCGGCAGGAGCGUGACGCUGUUCACGGGUCAGGGCGAGCUGCUGGGGCACGUGUGGGCCAGCACCGCCAGCGAGCCCACGCCCGUGCUACGCGCCGCCAGGACGGUGGGGGCGUCCGGCGUCGUUCUGCCGCUGCUGGACGGAGCCGCUCUGCGCCUGGAGCGGGACUCGCUGCAGCUGCUGGCGUUGGAUGCGGCCGCGCAGGUGUCGCUGUGGUCGAGGAGCGCACGUUCGCAGAUGCGCUUGAGUGUCGCGCUCGAGGCGGCUUGGGGAGCUCGCGUGGUGGCGGCCGGCGCUCGAUUGACGGCGCGGGGCUGGCUGCGCGGCGCACCGAGGAUGGCUGUCGAAGCGGACCUCGAUUUCUACGACGGAAACGUGCUGUGCGUCCGAGUGUACACCGCCGGCUGUGACAGCAGCUACGGGUUCGAGCUGGUGUCCAAGACGGGCAUGAAGCACGUGUGGCGUCGCCGACACUCGUCCAUGAAGAGCCCCGGCCGCACGCUGUCACUCGGCCGCAUCAACGAUUCGCUCUGCCGCGUGCUCACCGCCAUGCUGUAAUAUUACAAGAUCAAAACUGUAACAACCGACUUGAAACUAACAUACAACAAUAUCACACACACAAAUACACACACACACACAAAUAGAAAUAUACAUACACAAAUACAAACAUACACACACACACACACACACACACACACACACACAAAUAGAAAUAUACAUACACAAAUACAAACACACACACUCACACACACACACACAUACACAUACAUAAUACGUGUACGAAUACAUACACAUACAUGAUCAUCUAGGUGUGUAAAACCGCGCACAUGAAAAUCUCAGCGCUCAACCAAAGCUCUCGGCCAAAGGUGUCCGUCUGUGAUCUCGUCACACGGCAUUUCUUAUAGUAUGCUUUAUUUAAUGUAGUCAUCGUAGCCUUAAGGAACUUUACCUGCAACGUGUCUCCGCGGCCACGGACGGGUCCGCGCCGCGGCGGCCGUUACAGGAUCACGUUAUAAGAGUAAUGUUUGAAUCUCCGCUUGUUUAGAAGUAACGUUUUGUUCUCUUGUAGAGAUUGUGAUCAUUUUGGCAAUUUAAAAUACAUUUUUUUCUUAUGAA